ACGAUAAGUACGCACAGAAAAAAAGCCUCAUACCUACAAGUGCCGAGGACCACAAAGGUUGCAUCAUUUGAAACGAGCCAAUAGGUGAAGUGAGCAGAUGAUGAGAUCCGACGCACUCGAAAUUGAAAAUACAAGACAUUUAAAGACCUCUAGAACUAUUAAGUGCUGAGGAAUCCAUACUCUUUGAGAUACUGCAAGAAAAUACAAACUUUGCAUUGCAUCGAAACAUCCUGCACCCAGAAAACGUGCUAAUUUGGGUCACGGAGUAGGAAUCAAGAUGGGUACAAACAAAGAUCAGAGUGCUGAGCAAUCAGCACCACAGAUUGAGGAAGACAUGGAUCUGUCUCCUGAGCAGAACAGUCCGGUUGACCAAGACCCACAGCAACCAGAGGAUGGCAAGCUACUCAACACAUACAAGUGGCACACAGGGGCCAAGCCUGAGACAGCGGCACAGGGGACUAUUGAGAGGCUUGAGAAAGGGGCUUCAAACAAAUGGAAUAAAAUGCAGAAUUGGCGCAAAGCUCUGAGUGAAGAUGCGGGAGAAAAAUGCUCGACUGCACCUCAAAGGAGCGAAAGCCCAUCCAAACCGGACAAGCCAGUAACUUCAAGAAAAAACCCUUUCCGUAGAGCUCUUUCAGAGCCACCAGGGUCCCUUCUAUCUUCGGUCCUGUCCUCCUCUUCUGCAUCUGGGUCCUCCAGCACACAGGCAUCUGGGUCCACUGUCCAGGACACAACGCAGAGGGGUAAAAUAAGGAAGUACCUGCAAACAGUUUCACAGAAAUUCAAGAGACAACGUCUACAGAGUGCUGCCAUUGCAGAGCAUGAAAAGUGUGAUCCUGAGAUCCUGGUCCAAGAGCCUGUUCGCUUCUCCUGGGCCCCUCAACAAGACGUUCCUGUUUGGGACAUUAGUAACUGCUUUCUUCAAGAUGGACAGAUCCUUAUUCCACGUGAGGAGGAGCCUUUGAUGAGGGUACGGAACCGGGCCAGCAGUUGUCUCUCCAGCCUCAGUCUCCAGAACAUCAGUGGAAGUAACACUGAGCUAAAUCCAGAUCCUGUGGUCCCCCAGAGUGGUACCAAAAUAAAAGGGCAAGAUGGUGGUGUCAAAAAUUUAAUCAAGCGACGCUUGCAGGGUGAUGAUAAACGGAAAAGCAGCACACAGCUCAAUACUGCAGGACUAAGUGUUGCUGCAAGGUUUGGUUCAAGAGAAUCUUUAUCCAUUCCAGUCAGUGCGGCCAAAAGCCUGGAUCUUAGCACAGACCAGACUACUGUCAUCAGGCCAGUCCACAGCUCAAUUCUAGGGGAGAAGUACUGUUUUCAGGUCAUCAACUCAGAGAAUAACCACUGCUUUGGGUGCAGUUCAGCUGCAGAAAGAGACCGCUGGAUUGAAGACUUGCGUCGUGCGGCUCAUCCAAAUAAGGACAACUGUGAGCGCACUGAGUACUCACUGAGCCUUUGGGUUAAUGAAGCAAAAGACCUUCCCCCAAAGAAGCGAUAUUAUUGUGAGGUCCACCUUGAUGGUACCUUGUUUGCUCGUACCAGUAGCCGGGCCGUGGGGAAGUCCGUCCAACGCUCCAGCCAAGCAGUUGAUGGAGGAUCUGGAGCAGCUGGCACAGGCCAUGGUGGUGGUGCUUCAGGAGGUUGCCAGCUAUUCUGGGGUGAAUUUUUUGAACUUGACAAUUUGCCCCCUGUCAGCCAGAUCACCCUGCACCUCUUUAGAGACGAAGACCCUAAAAAGAAGCGCCAUUCCAAGGAUGACUCUACUCUGCAUCCUUUAGGAAGUGUGGCUCUCAAUCUGGCAGAAAUAAAAGGACGGGCCUAUCAGGAGAAGUGGUAUCCCAUCGUUCCCUACAAGCCCCCAGGGACAAGUUCAGCAAAGGACCAAGUUGGUCCGCAAGCUUCACUUCGAGUCAAGUCCAAAUUCAAGAUCCUGAAAAUUCUGCCUAUUGAGAGGUACAAGGAAUUUGCAGAGUAUAUCACAGUGAAUUAUGUGGACAUGUGCAGCAGCCUGGAACCCCUUCUCAAUGUACGGGAGAAAGAAGAACUUGCAGGAGCACUUGUUCAUGUUCUCCAGAGCAUUGGGAAAGCUAAGGAGUUCUUGAUUGAUCUGGGUAGUGCAGAAGUUCAGCGCUUGGGAGAAAAUGAGGCUUUGAUUUUCAGAGAGAAUACACUGGCCACAAAGGCUAUUGACGAAUAUAUGAAAUUGGUGGGCCAGAAGUAUCUCAUUGACACACUUGGUGACUUCAUAGCCAGACUGUAUAAUGGAGGAGAGAACUGUGAAGUAGACCCGCAGAAAUGUUCUGCCUCUGAUCUACCAAUCAACCAGAGACAUCUGAAGGAGACAUGUGCAGAUGUUGUAAAGAGAAUAACUGACAUGCAAGACUCAUUCCCUGCGGAGCUGAAUGAGAUUUUUUCCAGCUGGGUAUCAGAUUGUGAGGACAGAGGUCAAACAGACAUUGGACACCGUCUCAUAUCAUCAUCUCUGUUUCUUCGAUUCUUAUGCCCAGCGAUCCUCAGUCCAUCACUCUUUGGACUUACUCAAUCCUAUCCAGAGCCAAACACCCUUCGUACUCUAACUCUGACAGCCAAGGUCAUUCAAAACCUUGCAAACUUCACCUUGUUUGGCGAAAAAGAAGAGUACAUGUUUUUUAUGAAUGAGUUUCUAGAACAACACUGGGAGCCUAUGAGAGGAUUCUUACAGAAAGUAUCUGAUCCAGACAGUGAAAUUGCCAUGGCUCGAUUUGAUGGCUAUGUAGACCUGCCCCUUCGUCUAGCAGUCCUUCACAAUCUCCUGGUCGAUAUUAUCUCUGUAAUGAAACAGGACCAAAUAGACAACCUACAUCCCUUGCCUUCAAUCCUAAACCAGAUCACAGAGUUCCUUGGCCAGGAAGCUCAACGGAUCCCUGUUAGCAGCAUUCAUGGAACACCAAAGCCUACAUAUUUACCUCCAAAGGAUCUCCCCAAGUACAGUCCAUUACAAAACUCCAUGAAGCAGCUUCCCACAGACUCAAAAUUCAACCAAGGCAAAGAACGUCAGCGGAAGCAGGUGCAGCGGGCUUUUAGUGUCCCCAACAGACCAUCACGGCAUCAACGGCAACCAGUAAAAAGGCAGACAAGCAAAGAAGAGCUACCAACGCAGUGCCAGGACUACAAUCAAGAUCAGGAUCCCUGUUUGGAAAUUUCAUCACCUAGUAAUGCCAUAAAAUCCAAAGCCCCAGCAGCAAAAGUACUCUGGAUCAAACAAAACAACAGCAACGAGCCCUAUCAAAAAAUAGGGCAAGAGCAAGAGGAGACAAGCAUAUUAGACAGGCAUGCGCAAGAGUUGGGAGAGCUGCGUUUGGGCGUGGAGCAAGUUACUGAGCGUGAGCUGGAGAUGGCCAAGCGGUUAGAAGACUUCAUAGUAAUGACCCAAGAUCAGAAUACACAGCUACAGGCAGAGGUUCAGGAACUUCGGAAUCUGUUAGCCAUCCGUGAAGAACAGCUAGCAAGCGCAACUUUCAGAUUGGGCGUCAUCGAAGAAGAGAGAGAGGAAGACGAAAGAAAGCUUAAUGUUGCUGUAGCUGCAGUAGAACGCAUGAAUGUUUUGGAGGAGCAGUUUGCUGGAUUGUUGAAAGAUGUGCACCAACUCUAUGCAGUUAAUGCUGAUGGCAUGAGAAAGACUUACAUCAAUACCUGAUGCAAAACAUGAAGUAAACUGGUGUGGUGUGUUACAUAGUGCCCUUUUGCAUUGCUAUUAGCUUUUGUUAGAUUUAUUUAGUUCAUUGAUAACACUGUGCUUCAAGGUACCUACCUGUCACAAUUAAAACCAAAUCCAUUAUCAAAGCAAUAAUAUACUGUGGUUAAAAUAAAAA